AAGCCCAGAGCACAGUUUCAGUUUUGACAGCAGUCACCAGUGCCUUCCUGGAAGCUUCUAGAAGGGCAGGGGCGCAUACUGGCUGGCAGGCUGUGCCCGAAACUGGAUCACCUGGAGAGAAGGAAGUAUUAAAUCAUCUCAUACAAGAAGAAGUCAACCUUAAUGGCACAACCCCCUUGGAAGCCACAAGCAAUGAGGCUUUCCUUGCUCACCCUCUUGGUAACUGUCUUCUCAGGGGUCGCCACAAAAAGCCCCAUAUUUGGUCCCCAGGAUGUGAGUAGUAUAGAAGGUAACUCGGUUUCCAUCACGUGCUACUACCCAGACACCUCUGUCAACCGGCACACCCGGAAAUACUGGUGCCGACAAGGAGCCAGCGGCUUGUGCACAACCCUCAUCUCUUCAAAUGGCUACCUCUCCAAGGAGUAUUCAGGCAGAGCCAACCUCAUCAACUUCCCAGAGAACAGCACAUUUGUGAUUAACAUUGCACACCUCACCCAGGAUGACACUGGGAGUUACAAGUGUGGUCUGGGUACCACUAACCGAGGCCUGUCCUUCGAUGUCAGCCUGGAGGUCAGCCAGGUUCCUGAGGUCCCAAUUGACACCCAUGUCUACACAAAGGACAUAGGCAGAAAUGUGACCAUUGAAUGCCCUUUUGAAAUGAAGAAUGCUCCUAGCAAGAAAUCCCUGUGUAAGAUGACAGACCAGACCUGUGAACUUAUCAUUGACUCUACUGGGUACAUUAACCCCAGCUAUGAGGGCAGAGCAAAACUUUUUACGAAAGGGACCAACCUAAAAGUAUUUUAUGUCGAUAUUAGUCACCUACUGCAUAGUGAUGCUGGGCUGUAUGUUUGCCAAGCUGGAGAAGGUUCUAGUGCUGAUAAAAAGAAUGUUGACAUCCAGGUGCUGGAGCCUGAGCCAGUCCUGCUUUAUAAAGACCUGAGGUCCUCAGUGACUUUUGAAUGUGACCUGGGUCGUGAGGUGAAAGACGUGGCCAAAUACCUGUGCCGGAUGAACAAGGAAACCUGUGACAUGAUCAUCAAUACCCUUGGGGCGAGGGAUCCAGCUUUUGAAGGCAGGAUCCUGCUAACCCCCAGGGAUGACAAUGGCCGUUUCAGUGUGUUGAUCACAGGCCUGAAGAAGGAGGAUGCAGGGCACUACCGGUGUGGAGCCACCAGUUCUGGUUUGCCUCAAGAAGGCUGGCCCAUCCAGACUUGGCAACUCUUUGUCAAUGAAGAGUCCACAAUUCCCAACAGUCGCACUGUGGUGAAGGGCUUCACAGGAGGCUCUGUGGCCAUCAUCUGCCCCUAUAAUCCCAAGGAAAGCAGCAGCCUCAAGUACUGGUGUCACUGGGAAACAGACGGACGCUGCCCGGUGCUUGUGGGGACCCAGGACCUGGUACAAGAAGGGUAUGAAGGCCGGCUGGCACUGUUCGAUCAGCCAGGCAAUGGCACCUACACUGUCAUCCUCAACCAACUCACCACCCAGGAUACUGGCUUCUACUGGUGUCUUACCAAUGGUGACUCUCGCUGGAGAACCACAAUAGAACUCCAGGUUACUGAAGCAACAAGGGAGCCAAACCUUGAGGUGACACCACAGAACGCGAUUGCGGUGAUAGGAGAGACCCUCACAAUCUCCUGCCACUAUCCAUGCAAAUACUACUCCCAGGAGAAAUACUGGUGCAAAUGGAGCAAUGCAGGCUGCCACAUCCUGCCUAGCCACGACGAAAGUGCCCGCCAGGCCUCUAUGAGCUGCGACCAGAGCAGCCAGCUCAUCUCUAUGACCCUGAACCCAGUCAGUAAGGAAGAUGAAGGCUGGUACUGGUGUGGGGUAAAACAAGGCCAGGCCUAUGGAGAAACUACAGCCAUCUAUGUAGCAGUUGAAGAGAGGACCAGAGGGUCACCCCACAUCAACCCAACAGAUGCAAAUGCACCUGCAAAAGUUGCUCCGGAAGAAGAGGUAGUGGAAUCUUCUGUCAGUGAGAAUGAGAACAAAGCCAUUCUGAACCCCAGGCUUUUUGCAGACCAAAGAGAGAUAGACAAUGUGGGAGACCAAGCUCAGGAGAACAGAGCAUCUGGGGAUGCUGGCAGUGCUGAAGGACAAAGCGGGAGCUCCAAAGUGCUAUUCGCCACUCUGGUGCCCCUGGGUCUGGUGCUAGCAGUGGGUGCUGUGGCUGUGUGGGUGGCCAGAGUCCGACAUCGGAAGAAUGUAGAUCGCAUGUCAAUCAGCAGCUACCGGACAGACAUUAGCAUGGCAGACUUCAAGAACUCCAGGGAUUUGGGAGGCAAUGACAAUAUGGGGGCCUCUCCAGACACACAGGAAACAGUCAUCGAAAGAAAAGAUGAAGUCGUGACUACCACUGAGUGCACUGCUGAGCCAGAAGAAUCCAAGAAAGCGAAAAGGUCAUCCAAGGAGGAAGCUGACAUGGCCUACUCAGCCUUCCUGCUUCAGUCCAGCACCAUAGCUGCGCAGGUCCACGAUGGUCCCCAGGAAGCCUAGGCAGUGCUGACCACCCACCCCUGCCUGUGA